CGGAAGUUGGUUUGUAGAGAGAGGACGCGAUGUUGACAAUUUGCGUGAAAUAGUAUGACACAUAGCGACAUUUUAUUGUUGUUCCGCCAGAUAUUUUCGUACACGGUUGCAGAAAUAGAAGAACGGUAAGAGGAAAGACACACAUAUAUUACGUCUCGCCCUCUUUAAAUCGGAGGGAAAAGGAGCAGUCUAAGUUAGCUUGCUAGCAAGUUAGCAUCGGUAUUUAGCCUUCAGCGGUCGGCGUUACCUGCAAAUAUUACCGCAACUUAAUAACAGCAGUUUUGAGUGUGUUGUUGUUAUAUUAUAGAGACAACGAGCGCACUGUUAACUAUGUAGCGACACAUUCGAGACAGAAAGAGUCACAGUGAAGCUGAAGCGUAGUAAAGCUGUCUAAAAGUAAACAGUGGAGUCGAUGCCACCGUAUCGUUACAUCCUGCAUUUAGCUGUUUUCGGAGUUCACGUGUUUUGUGACUUGGUCCUAUCGUAACCUCGGUGUCAGAGAGACAUGUUGGAGUGUGGCAUGCUGGAGCGGGACAGGCAGACUUUGCGGAGACACUCUGCCGUCCUCUGCAAACAACUGGUGGUGGAUGAGAUGCUGCUUCAGCUGCUGCAGGCAGAAAACAUCCUGACUGAGAGCAUGGCAGAGAGCAUCAUGGCUGAACAAACAUCUCAGAAACGAUGCUGGCGUUUGCUACUUAUCUUACCAAAGCGAGGGCCCAAGGCUUUUGCCAAUUUCUGUGCAGCUCUGCGAGAAACUGAGCAGCAGCAUCUGUGUGAACUGCUUAUACAGUCACCAGAAACAGAUGGCAGAGACACGCACAUAGAGAGUAUUCAGCCUGAGGAACAACCAGAGGCAGGGCAACAACUCAUACAGACAACAGGAAAGAAGAGAGAGAUGCCUUUGGACUCUUCUUUCCCAUUUCCCACCCAGGAGGAUAUUACAGCCAAGAGAGUGAGAACACAAGAGUCCAUGGAGUUCAGCCUGGAUGCAGACAGUCCCAUCAGCACUCCUGUUCUCCCGUGCACUGUCGACUUUUACCGUUCCCACUGCCAGCAGUCCUACAGAAUGAAUUCAUCGCCUCGUGGCUUUGCCUUGGUGAUCAGUAAUGUGACCUUUGACCCUUCUGCUACUGCUGAACUUGAUACCAGGAAGGGAGGAGAAGUUGACGAUGAGGUCCUCAGGAAGGUCUUCACAGAACUAGACUACUUGGUUUCUGUCCACAGAGACCUCACUGCUCAGGACAUGAUGUCGUGCAUUGAAAACUUCUCCAGACGACCAGAACACCAGACUGUGGACAGCUGUGUGGUGUGUCUGCUUUCCCAUGGAGUGGAAGGAGGGAUCUACGGCACAGACGGACAGCUCCUGCAGCUGGACUUGGUGUUUAAGGCCUUUGACAAUGCACACUGUCCACUGCUGCAAAAUAAACCAAAGAUGUUUUUUAUCCAGGCCUGCAGAGGAGAGGAGAUGGACUGUGGAGUGGAGCAGAUAGACGGACCAGAAAGAACCUGCUCACCGGGCUGUGAACAGCGAGAUGCAGGGAGGGAAGGACAGGGUGAUUCAGACCCCAGACAGAGAGGAAACCUGGGGAGGCCAAGGAUUAAACUGCCCCAGCGAUCGGACAUGAUCUGUGGUUUUGCAUCUCUCAAAGGUCAGACAAUUUGCACAGCAGCCAUGAGAAACACCAAGAGAGGAUCCUGGUUCAUCCAGGAACUCAACACAGCACUUCGCCUCCACGCCAGAGACACUCACCUUGCAGACAUUCUGGUGCAGGUCAACAGGCGCAUCAAGGAGCGGGAGGGCUACGCUCCAGGCACCGCCCACCAUCGCUGCAAAGAGAUGUCCGAGUUCACCAGCUCAUUGUGCAAAGACCUCUACCUUUUCCCCAAGUACCAGCCCUAGUGUUAAUGAUAUGCAAAUAUGAACAUACAAUGAUUCUUACUCUCAGAUCAUUCCUUACAGUGAAAGCACACUGUUUAUUCCUCUUCAGUCACUGCCACACACACAUUCACAAAUAUCCAGCGGAUAUUUUCUGUGUUAAAACAGAAAUACAUAUAUAUAUAUAUAUAUAUAUAUAUAUAUAUAUUUGAACUUGGAACUGAGCAAGAUAUUAGCAUACAAUGUACUCAUUUAUCUGUGUCCAUGCCAGUUGGUGGGUUUAGAGUGUAAUCCUUUUUAAUCUAAGACAAAUUAGUUUUUUGUUUUCUCACUGCACAGCUACUUUGAGGUUUCAUGCGUCUCUCUUUUUAAACUAUUUUGUACACAGAUCUAUUUUUGUGGCUUUAUUUUGUAUGAGAUUGUUUUUCUAUUUUUAAAAUCCCUUUUUGUUUUAUUUUUACAUGUUUGGGACGAGUUACCAUUUCUUUGUUUUGUUUUUUAUUGUAGUGACAGACAGGGGGCAGCACAGCAGAGAGAAAUACAUUUCAUCUCUCUAGUCAAUAUUCUGCUGUAUGUCCUACAGUUCAAAAUGAUCUUUGCUGUUAUGAGCUCAGUCAGUGACAGUAAUGAAUUAACCGUAAAUUGAUAGCUGCAGGAUUUGAACCACUCUCAUCAGAGCUUUUCACUCUUUUGUUUUUUACUCGUACACUUAGAGGCAGCUUCAAACCAAAAACUCAGUGUUUUUGCUUGUGGAUGUUCAGUCCACACACAUGAUUAGUUUUUUAUGAACCGCAACUUUUAUGAAGCCGUCCGCUACAACCCUGUUAAAUUCUCCUCACCUCAGCUGUGUUACUGUGUAUCUGUCAGGGGAUUGUGGUGCUACAUGUGGGGUCUUAUACCUUCUGUAUGAACUCUGACCUUUACACUUAACGGACUCCUUAUAGUGUUUCUCCCUGUGCAAGUGCUACACACUUAGUCCUCCUCACCACACUGUGGUGUUAAUGUAUUUUAUCUGAUACCGUAAUGGAAAAAUAUGAAAUUCUUAUGUCUUCCCAGUUUGCUACAGCCAUGUGUGCCAUGUGACAAAGAUCUAUCAGACUAAUUUAUCAGUGUGAUGGUGCUGUCACAAUAGAUUGUGUCACUGAGGCACCCGCACACUCUUAGGAAAUCUAUUUCUCCAGACUGUGUGAGCAUUGAUGGUUCCCAGAAAAGGCCUGAUCAGGCAGAUUAUGUUUUAGUUACAACAGUGUUGUAGUGAAGAAAAGAGAAUAUAUGGUCGAAAACAGUAUCGAACGUUUACCAUCUGUAAGCAAAGAUGCCUUUUAACUGUGUCAGGUGUUCCUGGUACACUUUAUUCUGGUCUGUGCUGUGCUCAGGUCCAUGGUAAUAAUCAGGGAAAUGCUUCAAAAAAGGAAAGAAUCAUUGGAAUAAUCAAAAAAAACAAACUAGUCUUCCUGCGGAGUGACAAGUUGUGACAGUUGACGUUCACUGUCAAGAUCUACUGUUGUGCCGUGUUGGGGGUUGGGAGAAGUAUUUCAUUCUGUCAACACCAGUCACUGCCAAAUGUCCUAUACAAUAAACAGGCCAUGGCUUUUAAACCAGA